AUGCAGGCCAGCGUUGCGGCCCGGCCCGCGCUGGGCGCUCGGCCCUUCAGCGCCAGAGAUGCCCCGACAGCCCGCGCUGCGCCUCUACCAGGUGUCGGUCGGGUGGGCCCGCCGGCCGCGUCGAGGCUCGUGCAGUCCGUGCAGCGGUCCCAGGGGGGCAUGCAGGGGCGCAGCGAGGCGCACGUCGUCCGCGCUGAGGAGGGCAAGGUCGGGAAGGUCCAGAUCGGCCAGUCGGGCAAGACGAACAUCCGCCGCGCGGCGCUAGCCAUCCGGCGCUUCGGCUACGUCUCAUUCUGGGCGCAGCUCGGCCUCUCCCUGGUCUCCGCGAUCGUCCUGCUCUUCUCCGUUGCCUUCAGCCGCGAGAGCAGCCAGAGUGUCUCCCUCUACUUCACGCUGUUCGGCAUCAUGGCGAGCAUCCUGUCGACGUUCUGGGCGUUCGGGUACACCCGCCUGGCGCGCACGAUGUUCAAGUACGGCGCGUACCUCGAAGGCAAGCUCAAGAAGUCAGACGGAGUGAAGGAGGUCACCAAGUACAGGGUGUACCAGUCGUUGGUGCGUGGCGUGAUCAUCAACAUGGCCGGCUUCGGCGCGACGGUGCUGGGGAUGCAGGCGACCGUCGGGCUGCUCGUCGCGAAGACGCUCACGUCCGCCACCGCGAACCCGUUCCUCGCCGGCGGCGCCUCGUCCUGGAACCCCGUCCUGGCCCUCGACGUCUUCCUGGUGCAGGCGUCGGCAAACACGCUGCUGGCGCACUUCGUGUCGCUCUGCGUGAACCUGCUCCUCAUGCGGCAGCUCGCGCUCGGCGGCGCGGUGUCGGACGUGCCGGGAACGGACCCCAAGGCGCAGCCAGCGUGA